GGGGUCUUUGCUUAGUUGUACAAAGUAAUGGAGUCAUGAACUGACCAAACCGCGAACCAUCCGCGCUAUUCCCCUUUCUUUCUUGAAUCCAAAAGCCACCGCGAAUGGCGUCGACGUCAGGACAACGCAGCGGCGCCCCUCUCGGAAGACUCAGAUCAGUUACCUCUAUGCUCGACUCAGACAAUCAGUCCCUUAUCAGAGAUAUGAGGAAGGCUAUAACUUUGAUGAAGGAAAUUGCAGUUGAUUUGGAGAGAGAUAACAAGUCAGAUAUGAUCAAAGCGGGGAUCACUGGUCGGCUGAUCGCACAAAUCUUGAGAUUAUAUAAGGGGUGAAGUUGGCUGGCCGGCUGGGCAGGUUUCUAGGCUUUAAAGCCAGGUGAAGGAGCUUGAAACUGCAGUCGCUCAGUUAUUGGAAACCUCUAAUGACUGUUUGCAUUUUUCUAAUGCAAUGCAAAGUAUAGGAAAUGUGUACGAACCUGGGCCACAGCCAACAGAUUUUAAGAAGUUGUUUGAUGCUGAGAUUGGAAAAUCUAAAGUAGCUUCUUCUCUUCAGAAUCAAUCACUAAGACAGUUUCGGGAAGCUAUUUGGAAUGUUCAUCAUGCUGGACAACCAAUGCCGGGAGAAGAGGAAGAUGAUAUUGUAAUGACCAGUUCAGGGUGCAACCUCCUUAAUAAGACUUGUCCCUUAAGUGGAAAGCCCGUCACGGAGCUAGUUGAACCUGUUAGAAGUGCGGAGUGCAAACAUAUAUUUGAGAAGGCGGCUAUUAUGCAACACAUAAAGAAUGCGCGAGGCCGGUGUCCUGUUGCAGGCUGUCCAAAAGUAGUGCACGCAAACAAAGUUGUGUGUGAUGCAUUCUUAGUCAUUGAAAUUGAUGAACUCCGCUCUAUGGGUAAAGAAACUGCUGGCUCAGGCAACGUAGAGGAUUUCACAGACCUGCCGGAAAUUGCUGAGGACUCAGGUUGAUGAUGACUGCUGCUGAUUGUUGGAAUCCUCUUUUGUUACCUGAUAUGGACAAUGGACAUAAUGAAUUAAAUUUUACGGAGUAUUAGAUUUGGAUUGGAAAUGUGUAAGAUUAGUACAAUAUUUAGUAAGAAUUAGUAUUAAUUUCUUACUGACUAGUUAUGUCUAAUCAAAAAAUUUAUAUGAAAAUCGCCCGUAUCGAUAACUAUGUCAGUAAAAGAUGAGAGUUGGAAAACAACCGAAAGUCAUCUUACUCUCUGAUGUCUCUGUCACUCUGAUUAGAUAUAUAAAAG